AUGCGGGUAGGUCCCUGCUGCUCACCGAGGAGCAGGAGAUCCAGGGCGAUGUCCACACCAGACCCCCCCAUGGGAGGCACCCCUCGCCCAGCUCCCUCCCCUGGUCCAGGUCCCUCCCCUGGCUCCUCACACAGUAUGAUGGGCCCCAGCCCUGGCCCUCCGUCCCAGCAAGGCCCCUCUGGAUACGUCCAGGACAACAUGCACCCUCUGCACAAAUCCAUGGAGAGCAUGCAUGAGAAGGGCAUGGGGGAGGAGAGCCGUUUCAUUCAGAUGAAGGGACUGUCUAUGAGACAGGGCGGGCACGGCGGUAUGGGCCCCCCCCCCAGCCCUCUAGACCAACACUCACAAGGUUACCACUCUCCAUUGGGUGGCUCUGACCACUCCAGCCCUGUCCCUUCAAAUGGCCCUCCCUCUGGACCUCUUCUGCCAUCCUCCUCCUCUGGUGGUCCCGGCUCUGCCUCUGCACCUCUGGACGGCCCCAGUGGCGAUCAACACUCCCUGGGUCCAAAUAACCGUCCCGGACCUCCGGGUAGCUCCGGCCCAGGCCCCAGCCACGGACCCAUCCUGGGCCCCGGUGUCUCCGUCCUCGAAUCUGGAGGCCCUCCGUGCCCUGGAGGUCCUGGUGGUCCUGUCGGUCCUACUCCUUUCAACCAGAACCAGCUUCAUCAACUCAGAGCCCAGAUCAUGGCUUAUAAGAUGCUGGCCCGGGGGCAGCCCCUGCCAGACCACCUCCAGAUGGCGGUCCAAGGAAAGAGGCCGAUGCCCGGGAUGCAGCAGCAGCCCAUGCCCAGCCUGGCUCCCGGAACUGGAAGCGGGCCGAUAGGUGGGCCAGCAGGACCAGUACCAGUGCCUGGGUCUAUGGGCUCAGGCUAUAGCCGAGUUCAUGGAAUGAUGGGUCCCAACAUGCCUCCUCCAGGCCCAUCGGGUGCAGCCGGGAUGCAGGGACAAAACCCAAACGGACCCCCGAAGGCCUGGCCUGAAGGUCCCAUGGUGAAUGCAGCAGCCCCCUCCAACGCACCCCAAAAGCUUAUUCCCCCUCAGCCCACCGGUCGGCCCUCAGUUCACCCCGCCGCCUCCCCAAUAAUGGCGCCACAGACUCAGUCGCCUGGCCAGCCAGCACAGCCUACUCCCAUGAUGCCUUACCACGCCAAGCAGAACCGCAUUACCCCCAUUCAGAAACCCUGCGGUCUCGACCCAGUGGAGAUACUGCAGGAGAGGGAGUUCAGGUUACAGGCUCGUAUCACUCAUCGUAUCGCUGAACUGGAGAACCUGCCGGGCUCUCUGGCUGGUGACCUUCGUACCAAAGCUACUAUCGAGCUCAAAGCCCUCCGACUGCUGAACUUCCAGAGACAGCUGCGCCAGGAGGUGGUGGUGUGCAUGCGUCGUGACACAGCUCUGGAGACCGCCCUCGACGCCAAGGCCUACAAGCGAAGCAAGCGUCAGUCUCUGCGAGAGGCGCGCAUCACGGAGAAACUGGAGAAACAGCAGAAGAUCGAGCAAGAGCGCAAGCGCAGACAGAAACAUCAGGAGUACCUCAACAGCAUCCUGCAGCACGCCAAAGACUUCAAAGAGUACCACCGCUCCAUCACGGGCAAAAUGCAGAAACUGACCAAAGCAGUGGCGACCUACCACGCCAACACGGAACGGGAGCAGAAGAAAGAGAACGAGCGCAUCGAGAAGGAGAGGAUGAGGAGGCUCAUGGCUGAGGAUGAGGAGGGCUAUCGUAAACUGAUCGACCAGAAGAAGGACAAGCGUCUGGCCUACCUGCUGCAGCAGACCGACGAGUACGUCGCCAACCUCACCGACCUGGUACGAGCUCACAAAGCUGUGCAGGCCCUCAAGGAGAUAAAGAAGAAGAAGAAGAAGAAAAAGAAAAAGUUGGAGAUCGCCGAGGCUCAGACCGCUGCCAUGGGUCCUGAUGGAGAGCCUCUGGAUGAGACGAGUCAGAUGAGCGACCUGCCCGUGAAGGUCAUCCAUGUGGACAGCGGGAACAUCCUGACAGGAGUGGACGCCCCUAAAGCCGGACAGCUGGAGACCUGGCUGGAGAUGAACCCCGGUUAUGAGGUGGCUCCUCGCUCAGACAGUGAAGACAGCGAGGAGGAAGAGGAGGAGGAGGAAGAGGAGGAGCCUCAGCCAUCGGCUGCUCUGGUGGAGGAAAAGAAGAAGAUUUCAGACCCCGACUGCGAAGACGUGUCGGAGGUGGACGUCCGGCACAUCCUCGAAAACGCUAAGCAGGAUGUGGAUGACGAAUACAGCGGCGCAGCGUUCGACCGAGGCCUCCAGUCGUAUUAUUCUGUGGCUCACGCUGUCACCGAGAAGGUGGAUAAACAGUCCUCUUUGUUAAUAAAUGGACAACUCAAACAGUAUCAGGUUAAAGGUCUGGAGUGGCUGGUGUCCCUCUACAACAACAACCUGAACGGGAUCCUAGCGGACGAGAUGGGUUUGGGGAAAACCAUCCAGACCAUCGCCCUCAUCACGUACCUCAUGGAGCACAAACGGCUCAAUGGGCCCUCCCUCAUCAUUGUGCCCCUCUCAACUCUUUCUAACUGGGUGUAUGAGUUUGACAAGUGGGCACCGACGGUCGUGAAAGUGUCCUACAAGGGAUCUCCUGCUGCCAGGCGAGCCUUCGUCCCCCAGCUGCGCAGUGGCAAGUUCAACGUUUUACUCACCACUUACGAGUACAUCAUCAAGGACAAACAAGUCCUGGCCAAGAUUCGCUGGAAGUACAUGAUCGUGGACGAGGGCCACCGCAUGAAGAACCACCACUGCAAGCUGACCCAGGUCCUCAACACCCACUACCUGGCCCCGCGGCGGGUCCUGCUGACGGGCACGCCGCUGCAGAACAAGCUCCCCGAGCUCUGGGCGUUGCUGAACUUCCUGCUGCCCACCAUCUUCAAGAGCUGCAUCACCUUCGAGCAGUGGUUCAACGCCCCGUUCGCCAUGACCGGGGAGAAGGUGGACCUCAAUGAAGAGGAGACCAUCCUGAUUAUUCGUCGUCUCCACAAAGUACUUCGGCCCUUCCUGUUACGCAGAUUAAAGAAGGAAGUGGAGGCACAGCUGCCAGAGAAGGUGGAAUACGUGAUCAAGUGUGACAUGUCGUCUCUUCAGAGGGUUCUGUACAGGCACAUGCAGGCCAAGGGGGUCCUGCUCACCGAUGGAUCAGAGAAGGACAAGAAGGGUAAAGGAGGCACAAAGACCCUGAUGAACACCAUCAUGCAGCUGAGGAAGAUCUGUAACCACCCGUACAUGUUCCAGCAAAUAGAGGAAUCCUUCUCUGAACAUUUAGGCUUCUCUGGUGGGAUAGUUCAGGGCCUCGACCUGUAUCGGGCCUCGGGAAAGUUUGAGGUGUUGGAUCGAAUCCUGCCAAAGCUGCUAGCCACAAACCACAAAGUGCUGCUCUUCUGUCAGAUGACCACGCUCAUGACCAUCAUGGAGGACUACUUUGCCUAUCGCAGCUUCAAGUAUCUGCGUCUGGAUGGCACCACGAAAGCUGAUGACAGAGGAAUGUUGCUGAAGACGUUCAAUGAACCAGGGUCCGAUUACUUCAUCUUCCUCCUGAGCACAAGAGCCGGAGGACUCGGCCUCAACUUGCAGUCUGCCGACACCGUGGUUAUUUUUGACUCUGACUGGAACCCGCAUCAGGACCUGCAGGCCCAGGACCGAGCGCACCGCAUCGGUCAGCAGAACGAGGUGCGCGUGCUGCGCCUCUGCACGGUCAACAGCGUUGAAGAGAAGAUCCUGGCCGCUGCCAAGUACAAACUGAACGUGGACCAAAAGGUCAUUCAGGCCGGCAUGUUCGACCAGAAGUCCUCCAGCAACGAGCGCAGGGCCUUCCUGCAGGCCAUCCUGGAGCACGAGGAGCAGGACGAGGUCUGGGGUCAGGAAGUGUGUCUCCGCAUUAACGAGGAGGACGAGGUGCCGGAUGACGAGACGGUCAACCAGAUGAUCGCCCGGAGCGAGGAGGAGUUCGACCAGUUCAUGCGCAUGGACCUGGACCGCCGUCGCGAGGACGCCCGUAACCCUCGGCGAAAACCGCGUCUGAUGGAGGAGGACGAGCUGCCCACCUGGAUCCUGAAGGACGACGCCGAGGUUGAGCGGCUGACCUGCGAGGAGGAGGAGGGGAAGCUGUUUGGACGUGGAUCCCGGCAGCGGAAGGAGGUGGACUACAGCGACUCACUGACGGAGAAGCAGUGGCUCAAGGCGAUAGAGGAGGGCACGCUGGAGGAGAUCGAGGAAGAGGUGCGUCACAAAAAGACGACCCGAAAGAGGAAGCGGGACCGCGACCUGGAUCUCCCCGGGCCCUCCUCUUCCUCGGGGGGACGAGGGCGAGGGGACAAAGAUGAGGAUGGGAGGAGGCAGAGGAAGAGGGGACGACCGCCUGCUGAGAAAAUCUCCCCCAACCCCCCCGCCCUCUCAAAGAAGAUGAGGAAGAUCGUGGACGCCGUCAUCAAGUAUAAAGACAGCGCCAGUGGCCGUCAACUGAGCGAGGUGUUCAUCCAGCUGCCGUCUCGAAAAGAGCUGCCGGAGUACUACGAACUGAUCCGCAAGCCUGUUGACUUCAGGAAGAUCAAGGAGAGGAUUCAAGGUUAUCGCUACCGCAGUCUGGGUGACCUGGAGAGAGACGUCAUGCUGCUCUUCCAAAACGCUCAGACCUUCAACCUGGAGGGGUCACUGAUAUAUGAAGACUCCAUAGUCCUCCAGUCAGUGUUUACCAGUUUGAGGCAAAAGGUCGAGAAGGAGGAGGAAAGUGAGGGAGAGGAGAGCGAGGAAGAGGAAGAGGAGCUGGAGGAAGGAUCGGAGUCCGAAUCUCGCUCAGUGAAAGUGAAGAUCCGUCUAGGAAGGAAGGAUAAAGGUGGAGAUCGAGGGAAGAGAAGCAGCAGACGAACAGGACGCACCAGAGCCAAACCUGUUGUCAGUGAUGACGACUCUGAGGAUGAGCAGGAGGAGGAGCGCUCCCCCAGUGCCACUGACGAGGAGUCCUGAACUGUUCCUUGAUGUGGGAGAGGGGAGGGGGGGGG